AGGCCGCUUCCCUUCUCAUUCCCGCACGACCUGUUCGUUUCACGGUUAUAGGUAUCACGUCAAAUCUCCUUGCUUAACGCAUUCGCUUCGUCACAACUUUCAAGUCCAUUGUUCAUCUCUCUGAAGCUGGAUCAAGCAUGUGUGGGGGUGCUAUCAUAGCCGACUUCAUUCCUCGCCACCGUGGCCGCCGCCUUACCCCCUCCGACAUCUGGCCCGAUACGCUCGGAAACCACGAUGACUUCCACUCGGAGGCUUCUCACUCUGCACUAGUCCGCCAAAACCCUCAACUUCCCGCAGUUGAGCAGGUGGAGAAGCCCGUCAAGAGGCAGAGGAAGAACCUCUACAGAGGGAUUCGGCAACGUCCGUGGGGUAAGUGGGCCGCUGAGAUUCGCGAUCCGAGGAAAGGAGUUCGUGUUUGGCUCGGCACUUACAACACCGCAGAAGAAGCUGCCAGGGCCUACGACAGAGAAGCUCGUAAGAUCCGUGGCAAGAAAGCCAAGGUCAAUUUUCCCAACGAAGACGACGAUCGCUCCGUUCAAGCUCGUCGUAACCCGCCACCUCCGGCCCAACGGUCCGACGGUGCCCCAAGAAGUCUGAAUCUGGAGUUCGGUUAUGAUCUGAACCAAGGCGGAGCAGCUUGUUCCUGCGGGGGAGCAUCAGGGUCACAGGGAGGUUACUCGACGGUGGAGUUGGUGGACUGGGAUCGGAGAAAGGGAAGCGAGGGAGGGAAAACAAAGAGGGUGGCGAUGGAAGGGGAGGAAGAAGAGAACCAGGCAGGGGAGCUAUCGGAGGAGCUGAUGGCGUACGAGAACUACAUGAAGUUUUAUCAGAUGCCAUACUACGACGGCCAGUCGGCGGCACGAAAUACGGUUCAAGAGAACGUAGUCGGGGAGUUGUGGAGCUUCGACGAUGAAGUCAUUCCUGCAUGCGGGACAUCGUCCGCCAUGUGAAAGAAACGUUUUGUUUUGUCAGUUCGUUAGUUCAAGACACAGUUGGGGAUGAGAGGGAGGGGGCCAUUGGUAAUGUAAAUUUAGGCAGAAGUAGUGGUUUAGUUUUAAAGUUCCUUGUUAAGCGGGACUCUAGAAUUAAGAUGGUGUUGUUGGAUUCUGAUUUUGGCUUGUAUGAAAUUGUUUCUAGCUUGCGAUGGUU